CAUGCAGUGCACGCGCUGGACCGUCACUCAUCCAUCCACCCAUAGUUACCAACAAGCGGCUAGCUAGCUGUGCAUGAACAUGGGCGGGACGCGACGCGAGCUGCUCCAUACUCCAUAGUGUUUUUUUUUUGUCUCGGCGCGCCUUGUCACGUAGCCGCGCGGCGCCGGCGCCUAUUUAAGCCGCCGUUCCCUUCCCCGUCUAACGUUUCGCCUCCCCUCGGCAUCUCAGUUUCUUUGCCACCGCUCGCACUAGCGCGCGCGCCUUCCUCGUCCUGCGUUCUCGUCUCAGCACCGCACCACCGUAGACGACUGCGCGCGAGGGCCUACGAAGCUACGAGUCCAUCGUGCUGGUGCUGCUAGCUCAUCAUCACCAUCAUGCUAGAGAACCAAAAGCAAGCGGAGGUUCUCUGGCCGCGGCUGGUGGCCAACAAGCUCUUCCGGAAGACCUCGGGCAGCCACGCUUUCGUCGCCGACUUCCCGGCCGCCGAUGACGAUGACGACAUCGUCUUUGGAACGGAGGCCGACGGCGGGGGCGGGUGCAGCCCCGACGCGGACGCCAGCCGCUGCGUGAAGCGGGCGCGGCCCCACGAGCGCAACAAGACCCUAAAGUACAAGCUGUUCGCGAGCACGUGGAACGUGGGCGGCGUGGCGCCACCGGACGGGCUGGACCUGUCGGACUGGCUGGACGGCGGCGACGACGACGGGCCCUACGACAUGUACGUGCUGGGGUUCCAGGAGGUGGUGCCGCUGCGCGCGCGCAACGUGCUGGGCGCCGACAAGAAGCGCGUCGGGAUGCGGUGGAUCGAGCUCACCCGCGCCGCGCUGAACCGGUCGCACUCGCAGCGCAGCAGGGGCGGCGGCGGCGGCAAGCAGAAGGUGCACCCGGUGCGGGACGGCGGUGGCGGCGAGCUGGGCAGGGAGUACCGGUGCGUGGUGAGCAAGCAGAUGGUGGGCAUCCUGCUCACGGUGUGGGUGCGCUCCGACCUCCGCCGCUUCGUCCGCCGCCCCAGCGUCUCCUGCGUCGGAUGCGGCGUCAUGGGCUGCCUCGGCAACAAGCCGGGUGAUCCUGCUCGGGGACCUCAACUACAGGAUCUCCCUGCCGGAGGCCAAGACGAGGCUGCUGGUGGAGCGCCAGGACUGGAAGACGCUGCUGGAGAACGACCAGCUGCGCGCCGAGGUGUGCCGCGGAGGCGCGUUCCAGGGCUGGAGCGAGGGGCCCAUCGGCUUCUCCCCGACGUACAAGUACCACCCCAACUCCGACGCCUACUACGGCUGCGCCACCGCCGCCCGCGGCCGGAACAAGCGGCGCGCGCCGGCGUGGUGCGACCGCGUCCUGUGGCGCGGCGCGGGGCUCGCGCAGACCCGCUACGACCGCUGCGAGUCCCGGCUGUCGGACCACCGCCCCGUCCGCGCCGUCUUCGCGGUGGAGGUGGAUGCGCCCGGGGACCUCAACUCGCUCAGGAGCUUCUUCAUGUCCGAGAGGUUCGACAGGGACCAGAUGCUGCUCCGCAAGGAUGACGUCAACAGCGCCAGAUUCGGCGACACUCUUUGAGACACGCGUGUUGAGAGGGUGAAGUUGUCAGUCCAGUUCUCCGACUGCAAUUGUACUACGCAGGCAAAAGUGUGAUGCAGAGCAGAGUACAUAUAUGGAUGUUUUUCAUUUCUGAGUCAGUCAGUGUUCAUACGGUCGUAUCUACUGCAGGCAGCUAGGAAGGAUACAGAGAUGGGGUUUUAUUUGUCUGUCUGUUUCCACCCUGUUCCCUACGUUCUGUAACUACGUGUGUACUCUUCUUGAUCCAGUUAGGGCUUGUUCGGUUAGCUCUCAAUCCAUAUGGAUUGAGUGAGAUUGGGUGGGUUUAAAUCCCGAGCAAGUCAAACUUCUUCUUAUUUUUUUCCAAUCCUACCCAAUCCAUAGGUAACGGGAUUAACCGAACAAGGCCUUAGUAUGAUUUGGUCUUCAGUUUGUUGCCAUGGACAACCAUGAAUGAAGAUAGAAUUUGAGCAGCAA